GCCCGCGCAGGUUCGGAAUGCAGAGCGAGGCGACUCGGAGCGAGCGGAGGGGAGCAAGAAGGUCGGCGGCGGCAACGGGAAAUCCCCAUGGUAAUGUCAGGAGUGGGCGGCCAUUGGCUGCUGGGUCUGGGCGAGCCUCCGUCAGGGAGCGCAUCCUUUUCUUCCGUGUUCUGUGUUCUUCAUCUGAAGGUUCUGGUUAGCAACUGGUUUUACUGGGGAAGGCGUUUCAGGUGAGGGUUGUUGUUGUUGUUGGCAUCCAUUGUCUAGAGAGAGACAAUGGAGUGCGCUUCCGGGGGUGAAGUCAAGCCACUGGAGAAUCACAGCGCCUGCUGUGGCUGCAGAAACCGGUAACUCGUAACUGUUGCCCCCCCCACCCCACCCCUGUGUUGUUUUUGCUGUGUUAAAGGUACCAAAGUGACCUAUCGGGGUGCAAGCCUGGGCACUGUGUAUGGAGGUCCUGGGCUGCCCAGAUGACAAGACCCCUCUCUGGGCUUCACAGAUGUGGUCCAAAGGAAAGCAGAGCAAUACAUUUGACACCAGUUUGGCUGCAGGAGUUGCUGGAAAGAGAUGUACAACUUGUCAUCCAACCGUUUUGGGGCUCCAUUCCGGAUUUGUGUAGAGUUUACUCCUUAGCCUUUUCUUCUCCUGAAGACGUCUCACAAGGCAGUGGGUACGAACCUCGCCUUGGGAUUUAAUUUCGCAGCCUUUCUCACAAAUGAGUAUGGCUUGUACCAUUGAUGAAUUAAUGCUUUAUUUAUUCAAGUCCAUAUGUUCCCACAGAUCUGUUCCUAAGGGCAGCAUCAAACAAUUUGGUCUCUAGAUUUUCAAAAUUGCAAGUCUGUCUCGUUAUUUAUAUUAAGGUGUUUUACACACUGUGUUUCAAAACAAUUUUUACUCCUGUCAAGGAUAUUGUUGAAGAUUUUCAUUCUUUGUUUUGGUACCUUGUAUGAAUGCUGGACUCCCUGGAAAAGACCCUGAUGUUGGGAAAGAUUGCGGGCACAAGGAGAUGGGGAUGACAGAGAUGGUUGGACCGUGUUCUUGAAGCUACUAACAUGAGUUUGACCAAACUGCGGGGGGCAAUGGAAGACAGGAAUGCCUGGCGUGUUCUGGUCCAUGGGGUCACAAAGAAUCGGACACUACUAAACAACAACAACAUGAAUGCUGUACCUCUCAUAAGUCUUUUUUGGCUUUGGUAAACUAAUUUUGCUGAUCAAAGCUGUUAAAUAAUUAAAAGAAGACAGUCUCAAUGUUGUUAUUUUAGCAUUGUCCUUGGAAAUCAACAAAUUCCUGCUUGAAACAUUUCUAAUCAUUAGCAACAUAUAGAAUCCAGCUUAAAAAUGCUAGGUGCUUGCUCAGUUUUGAAAAGUCUCCAUCCCACUCUAGAAACCAGUUUAUGUUACUAUUACUUUUGUGAAAUCAGACAGUUCAUAGAUGGAGGUUUUAUUUACAGAUUCAACAUUACUCUGUGUGCGUGUGUGUGUACACAGAAACAAGAAAGGUUCUUGUGACACCUUGAAGACUAACUUAUUAGGGCAUAACAUUCUGCAGACUAGAGUCCACUUCAUCAGAUGCAUAAAUGUUUUCAGGAUACCCACUGCAACUGAUAGUACCUUGCAUUUGAGUUCAGUGGAAAGAGAAUUUCCUCAUGUUAAGUAUGCUGAGGAACCUGUUAUGCUUAUGUUCUGUCCUCAAAUUCUCUGUAUUUAGAGUUGCUUUUUACUAUUUUAUUUUUAUUUAAACUAUAUACUGAAGUUUCUAAACUGUAUAGGCCAAGCCUGCCCAUGUGGCUGUAUUAGAGAACUAUGUAAUUCUGAUCAGCUAUUGUCAGAGCUGCUUCCAGAUCCUAGCUCACAGAGGAUCACGCUAGCCAGCGAUCAUUAAACAAAAGUCUUUAUUGAGUUACAGUUUCCAUUCUCAAACUGCUGCGUGCAACUCUACGUCUCAUGGUUAGACCGGCGAAGCUCCGUCUGAGUCUCCGCCCCUUGUACACCAACUUAAUAUCCUAGCCCUGCUCCACCUUUUCCGCCUGACUGUUCUUCUCUGGGUCCCUCUGCCCCCUGGGGUCUCUUCUUUCCGGGAUUCCUCUGACGCUGACCCCCCUGACUCUUCUCCCUCCUUUCGGCGGGCUUUAGGACCUGGCUCCCUUUCCGGGCUGCCUACUGUGCCACCUUCCUGUGCAUUUGAACUUGCGCGCGCGCCCAACCUUCCACCUUCCGUCUGACCGUUUCUUCGCUCCCCGAUGGAGGUGUGGCCACUCCUGACUCGUGCCCUCCCCUGUUGUGAGCUGCCAGCGCUUGAUCCCUGGCUCCCUUCCUCUUCCCUGCUCUCUGGCGGUGACGCUGGUCCCGAUUUCCAACUGCUCCCUCUGAGUCCCCUCUGGCUCUAUCUUCCUGGGGCGUCCCCUAGGCUCCCCCUUGCCCUGGCCACUGGUGCUCCUUUCUGUGAAUCUUCUGAUUCACUGGAAAGACUCGGAGAUCUCGGGUCGUCGACAUAAAUCAUCUUUUCUUAUUCAACCUCCGCCACGCUCUCUGUAUCAUCACUUGCCCUUGCCUCUGCACCAGAACCCCUGACAUCCAUCCCCCUCGAAGCCCCCUCUUCCCCUCCCUCCUUCCGGUGCGGGAUCUGGGUGCUGCCGUGUCAGGGGACGAAUGUCGGAUACAGUUCGCUUCCCGUGGCGGGCCGCCAUCUGAAGUCUUCCGGUUCUUCCUCCCUGCUCUCGUUGACGACGGUCACCUCCGCUUCCAUCUCUGUGCCGCCGUGCUCGAAACCCGGGUCGUCCCCGAAAACGUCCAUGUCCGUCUCUCCCUCGUUACCUUCUGGAGACGUUGCUCGUCCUGGACCCUCCAGCCACCUUCUGCGGAACUGCUCCUCUGGUCGAUCAUCCCACCAAUACGAGGGUUCUGAAGCAGAUCCCGAGGGUGACUCCUCCGGGUAACGGGCGUCUCGUGUCGGUUCCUCGUCCGAGUCGAACCCCCGGAACGUGCUGGCUGAAAGCGUGGGCGUGAAAAGCCAGUCGUCGAAAAGUCUGCUGGCAUUGGCCUAUGUGGGAAGAGGGCAUGAAACUCUUCUUUGAGCAGAGGUUCGUCUAAAGCGUAGCCCGGCACCCAGCUGUUGGCACUGGCCGGGGUGCCCUCCUUGGCGAGAAGGUAUUCUACCCCCUCUUCCCCCAUCUGGAGUCCAAAAUCUCCGUGGCUUCGUUGAUGCGCUCCUCCCGUGCCACUCCCCCCUGCCCGGUUCUCUCUCGGAGCGGACCCGGUGCCGUUCCUGGUUCCUGAAACCUGUGAGGUGCCUUGUAUGGAGUGAGCACCGAUCUGUGGAACACCGGAUGCAUCCUGGAACCCUCCGGAAGAGCCAGCCUGAAAGCCACCGGGUUGACCUGUUCUUCGACUUGGUAGGGCCCCAGUUGUUUAUGCCCUAGUUUCUUCUUCGCCAACGACCUGGCCGAACUGCGUGGGCUGCUAACCAGACCCAGUCUCCCACAUGGAUCUCUUCGCCAACCCUUCUGUGUUUGUCCGCUUGUACCUUGUAUGCGUGUUUAGCCAGCUCCAGGUGCCGCCGCAGCUGAUCGUGGACCUCCUGCAACUCCGACGCGAAUGCAUCUGCUGUCUGCGGCUCCCUCCCCCAUUCUUUCCAGUCCCGGGAAGGUUCUGGGGUGCCUCCCGUUGUUGGCGAAGAACGGCGUGACCCCCGUGGACACGUGCUUCGUGUUGUUGUAGGCGAACUCGGCGAGAGGCAGGUAAUCCACCCACGUCGCAGGCUGUUGAUUCGCAUAACAUCUCAGGUACUGCUGCAUGAUGGCAUUGACUCGCUCCGCUUGCCCAUUGGUCUGCGGGUGUCUAGCCGACGCCAGGUUGAUCUUGACGUUCAGGAAGCCCAUCAGCCUCUGCCAGAAGUUCGAGAUGAACUGUCGCCCUCGGUCGGACAGAAUAGACCGCGGCAGACCGUGAACCUUGAACACGUGGUCUAUGAACAGUUUGGCGGUUUGUUCCGCCGUGGCCACCUUCGCACACGGAAUGAAAUGUGCCAUCUUGGAGAACAAGUCCACCACCACCAGCACAGCCGUCUUGCCCCUCGAGCUGGGCAGAUCCGUGACAAAGUCCAGGGCCACUCUCUCCCAUGGUUCGAACGGAGUUUGCAGCGGUUCCAGCAAUCCGGCCGGCGGUCUGUGCACUGGUUUGGCCCUCUGGCAGGUGUCACACCUCGCCACGUAGUCCGCGACUUCCCUCUCAUUCCUGGCCACCAGAAGUCUCUGGCUACUAAUUCCACCGUCUUCUCCUUGCCAAAGUGCCCGGCAGUGGGCGCGUCGUGCAGCUGCUGCAGUACCUUGGCGCGAGUUCGUCUCCCGGCACGUAGAUGGCCCCUUUACGGAUGAGCAAACCAUCUCGCAGCUGGAACUCGUCGGUCGCUGCCGUGCCCCUGUGCGCCUCUGCCAUCUUUGCUUGCGCGAAGGAGUCAUCCUGCAACGCUCGUCGCACCGCCUCCAGGUCAACUGUUGCCGCCGUGCACGCCCACACUGUCGGUGCGAAGAUGUGCAUGGCGGCCGCUGGCGUUGCCUCCUCCAGAUACUGCGGCUUACGGGAGAGAGCAUCCGCCAUGAUGUUGGUGUCCCCCGGGACAUACUCUAUUCGGAAGUCGAAAUUCGCAAAGAACUCAGCCCAACGUAUCUGCCUCUGGUUCAGGAACUGUGCCGUGCGCCAGUGCUCUAGAUUCUUGUGGUCCGUGCAGACCUGCACCGUGUGCUUGGCGCCGAUCAGGAAGUGCCUCCACGCUUUGAACGCUGCAUGAAUGGCCAGCAACUCCCUGUCCCAGAUGGUGUAGUUCUGUUCGGACUUGCUGAGCUUCCUUGAGUAAAACGCUCCCGGCCUCCAAACCCCUGCGGGUCCUUCUGCAGCAGGACUGCUCCCACGGCUCUGUCCGAAGCGUCUGUCUCCACCCUCAUCGGCUUGCUGGGGUUGACAUGAAGCAGUUGCCCUUCCGACGCGAAGAGACGCUUGAGUGCCUGGAAAGGACUGCUCCGCCUGCUCUGUCCAGAUGAACUUCUUUUCUUGGAGCUGAGCGUGUCCGUGAUGGCCGCUGUCUGCAUGGCAAAGCCUUUGAUAAACUUGCGAUAGAAGUUCGCAAAGCCGACAAACCGUUGGACCUCCUUCCGGUUGCGUGGGCUUUUCCAAUCCAACACUGCUCGGACCUUGGCGCUGUCCAUGGCGAGCCCUUUAUCAGACAACUUGUAGCCCAGGAAAUCCACCUCCGUCACGUCGAAUUGGCACUUCUCCAGCUUGGCGUAAAGCCUAUGUUGCUGUAGCCUGCUCAGCACUUCCUUGACGUGUCUGUCAUGCUCCUGCUGCGAUUCCGAAAAGAUCAGGAUGUCAUCCAAGAAACAGACGCACGUCUUGUAGAGGAGCCCCGCCAACACGUGAUGCAUGAACGCUUGAAAACGUGGGAACCAUUUUGCAAUCCAAAAGGCAUAACUCUAUAUUCGUAGGUGCCCAGGGGCGUGAACAUGGCUGUCUUCCACUCAUCUCCUUCCCGCAUGCGAAUGAGGUUGUACGCCCUCGCAGGUCCAACUUAGUGAACACGCUGCCCUUCCGUACCUUUGCGAGGAGGUCGUCGAUUCGGGGCAUGGGGAAGUCCGAUGGCUUGGUCACGCUGUUCAAAAUGCGAUAGUCCACUACAAGUCUUUUCUGGGGCGUGUCCCGCUUCUUAACAAAGAAUACCGGACUGCCCCCGCUGCCUUGGACUCUCGGAUGAAACCGCGCUCCAAAUUAUGAUCUAUGAACUCUUUGAGUUCCUGCAGUUCGUCCUCAGACAUGGAAUACAGCUUCCCUUUGGGCAGCGCCGCCCCCGGCAGCAGGUCAAUUUUGCAGUCAUAUGGUCUGUGUGGGUAGCCUGUCUGCCUCCUUCUCGCAGAAAACCUCCAAAAAUUCUGCGUACUUGUGGGGAACCGCUUGCAGCGUGCCUAGCUGCAGCUGUGACUCCUCUUCCUCUCCUUCCUGCCGGGGCACGAUGCAGUGUUCAGCGCAAAAGGAAGAGCCGAAGGUCAGCUGCCUCUGGUACCAAGCCAGCGUCGGGCUGUGCUUGUCCAGCCAACUCAUGCCCAAUACAAUGGGCGUGUCCGAUAGUUGAGUGACAUUGAAGCUGAUGAUUUCCCUGUGAUUCCCAAGCCGCAUCACCAUUGGUGGCGUCUGCUUCACCACUUGCCCCCCUAGCAGCUCCCUGCCAUCCACCGUGACAACCUGCAGGGGCAGCGUGGCAGGCAGCAACUGUAUAGCGUGCCGGUCGACAAAGUCCUGCCCUAUAAAGUCCGCAUUGCUUCCGGAGUCAAUGGUGAUUGGCACGUCCAUGGUGAUUCCAUUGGGCAGCUGGAGCGACGCGGUGAGCCUCACUACUGGUUUGGGCGGGAGGGGGUCCAUGGGCUGUAAAAUCUCUGGGGACUGCUUCACUGACACGUCUGGCUGGGCCCCAGUGCCUCUUCCUCCAACCAGACUCCGUCGUUUCCCUGCUGUGGUUCUCCUUGCUGCGUUGCUGCAGUUACCAUUGCUGAAGCUGCAGUGUGCUUGUGGAGCCUCUGGGGACACUCUUUCGCCAUAUGCUGUGGAGCAUCGCAGAUGUAACACUUCCUGUUCCCUCUAGGAGGCUUCGCUCACUGCUGCCGGUGCUAGGGCUCUGGCUGCUGACUGAGCCCUUGCACCUCCAACCUCCAUAGGUUCCGCUCCUCCUCCUGGCGGAGGCGUGGAUUGCGCACGCGCUGCUUCUCUGGGAAGGAAGGAGGAGCCCCUGGCUGGUUCGCGCCCUCCACGCCCUUCGUCCCUGCUCCACGGACGUUCUUCCAGCCGCACCCCCACCGCCAGCGCCCUCUGAACGAUCUCCUGCGUGGUCCGGGGUCUCUCCCCUCGCAAUUUCAUCUUUAACCGAGCCGUGCAAUCCCUCCCAAAACAGGUCUCUUACAGGAGCCGAAUCUCUGUCCCAUUCCAGAGCACUGACCAAAGCGAAAAAGCGGGCAUGGUACUGCCUUACGCUGGCCCUCCCUUGCUUCAGUCCAUGUAUCUGCUGCCGAGCAAGAUCCACGUCAAUGCUUGAUAAAAAGCACCCAUCCAUCGCUUUAAUAAAGGCAUCCGCAUUUUGGAGCGCCGGAUCCUUAUCUCUCCACAAAUUGCGCAGCCAUGCUUUAGCAUCUCCAUGCAAAUGGGACAUGAUGAAUCCCACCUUCUCUUGCUCAUCUCUAAAGUCUUUGUCCAGCAGUUGCAGUGCACACAUUACAUCUGCUCUAAAGUUGGGGUACUGUUGCAAAUUCCCAUCGAAGUGAGAGACCAGACCGCCUGUUCGUCUCCCCAACCCAAUCCCUCCGGUUUGGGUGUCAGUUGCCCUUGCUUCGUAAGCACUUCCAACCUGACCUGGAGAUCCCUGUAGGCGGCAGCUGCGUCCUCCUCUCUCUUCCUGGAUGCAAGAGCCUCGGCAUUCAGUCGUGACACUGCUUCUCUGAGUUCCGCUAUCUGCUGUUCGGCCGUCAUAUUGUCUGCCUUUCGUGAGCUCGCUAGUAGGCACCCGCUUUCUCUCCUCUCCGCGAGGCUGUAGAUGCCCACAAUUUAUAGAGACGGAGCUUACUGUCAGAGCUGCUUCCAGAUCCUAGCUCACAGAGGAUCACGCUAGCCAGCGAUCAUUAAACAAAAGUCUUUAUUGAGUUACAGUUUCCAUUCUCAAACUGCUGCGUGCAACUCUACGUCUCAUGGUUAGACCGGCGAAGCUCCGUCUGAGUCUCCGCCCUUGUACACCAACUUAAUAUCCUAGCCCUGCUCCACCUUUUCCGCCUGACUGUUCUUCUCUGGGUCCCUCUGCCCCCUGGGGUCUCUUCUUUCCGGGAUUCCUCUGACGCUGACCCCCCUGACUCUUCUCCCUCCUUUCGGCGGGCUUUAGGACCUGGCUCCCUUUCCGGGCUGCCUACUGUGCCACCUUCCUGUGCAUUUGAACCAUGGCGCGCGCCCAACCUUCCACCUUCCGUCUGACCGUUUCUUCGCUCCCCGAUGGAGGUGUGGCCACUCCUGACUCGUGCCCUCCCCCCUGGUGUGAGCUGCCAGCGCUUGAUCCCUGGCUCCCUUCCUCUUCCCUGCUCUCUGGCGGUGACGCUGGUCCCGAUUUCCAACUGCUCCCCUCUGAGUCCCCUCUGGCUCUAUCUUCCUGGGGCGUCCCCCUAGGCUCCCCCCUUGCCCUGGCCACUGGUGCUCCUUUCUGUGAAUCUUCUGAUUCACUGGAAAGACCCGAGAUCUCGGGUCGUCGUCAUCACUCAUCUUUUCUUCUGCCUCCUCCCCCUCGCUCUCUGUUUCCUCCCUUGCCCUUGCCUCUGCUCCUGAACCCCUGACAGCUAUGCUUUCACAAGCUGCCAAAUUUAGACAAAACAAAGGCACCAGCUGUUGCAAGCUUGUUCUUAAAUUGAUAAGUAUGAAAAAUUUAAAGAUGAUUUUUGGUUAUUGGGGAAUAAUAGAUCCCAUCACUUGGUCUUACUUUUUACAAGCAUUGCUUUUGUCCUUGUGUGCAACUUGUGCACUGCUGAAGACCUGUGUGCCCUCAAGGAAGACACAUUGACUUUAUUUGCUCUGUUUUGGACUUGCAAACUUGUGCUUAAACAUAAUUUCUACAUUCAUGAUGCAGCUGCUAGCUGGCAGUUAGUUAUUUGGCUCUGUGGUCGUAUACAACUGUCAGACUACUGCUCAUAAACUGGUCUCUCUUUUUUUGGUGCUUCACCUGUGUGUGUGUGUGCAUGUGAUGCUGUUUUAAACCAUUUCUAUACCACCUGUUUAUCAGUGAUUAAAGCAAGUAUGGAAACAAUGUUAUUCAUAGGCUGAGAAAAAUACGAUGAGUCUAGAUGAGCAGCAAGUUUCCCCAGUGGUCAGCAGCACAUUACUGAGUUCAGAAGGUGCCAAAGAACAACUCAUACAAGAUUGUGAAGAAAUGUGGAAACAAAUGGAAGAGGUAAUGAGCAAUAUCCUAUUGAUGAAUAUUGUUACAGCAGUGAUGUAUGUUGAUGUGAUGAAUGAAGUUGCAGGAACAAAUAACUAGCAAUAAUGUUGUUUUUUAUUCCUCUAUUUGCAAUGCUUGUACAUGUGCCUAAGCACACUGCAGACACCAUCUCUAGAAAAAGUAAAAUGCAGAUAAAAGUAGAAAGAAUUUUUAAAUGGCUUUUGUGGAUGCUAGUCCUCCCUUGUAUUUCAUGUGUGAUAAAUGAAAUGGAAAAUUAAAUAAAUUAAAUAUAAGACCAAGCAAAACCUUCAGUCAACCACAUCUAACCAGCACAGUUCCAUUAAUGAAAACUGGUCAAAAAUUUAUGAAAGACAAAAGGUGCAAUGAGGAAUGCAAGGAAAAUAGAGGAAGAGGCGUUAUUGAAGACCAUAAAGUCAGGGGCACCCUAAAAUUGCUGAAAAUUGCUUGGUGUCAUCAGUUGUACUUCUAAGAUAUACAAUCCAAAGUCAGUUAUUCUUUAGGCCUCAUUUAUUUCAAAGGGAGAGAAUUCCGUUAGUUCAUAAAUUCUGAAGUUGAAAUCAAAGAGAACACAGUAUAACUGGCUGGAUGGUGUGUCUUCAGUAUCUUGAGUUCUAAUGCUUUUAAAUGUUCGGAAUUGUUGGUUGGUCUAAGGAAGGGAAAAACAAGCACAAUGUAAACUUGUAUAAUUUUAUUUCUCUCCUUUCUUUAUAACCAAGUGUCAGAACAGAUUAACACUUCAAGAAAUAGAAACACUUUCAGAUUCAGAUCCCAAGGUAAGGAUAAAGUUUCAGAACUGUCAGUGAAAAAGCUUUCUAUGCAUGGGGGACCAGAUUUAAAACAUUUCCAAGCCAGUUUUUUAUGCAUGUACACAUUUAUUUAGAUAUCUAGCCCACUUUAUCUCAAAGAUGCAACAGUGGCUUGAAGAAAACAUGCUUUGGAUUAAUUAAAAAAAUUUUUUAAAUGGUUCAACAACCAGCUUAGCCAUAACUACCAAUGAAAAAAAUAUUCCGAAAAGAUGCUGCUGUUUUUAAUUUGAGUAAAUAACCAAAGAAGAACUGGCACAAACUAGGGAUUUACCAGUCCGGAUAGCUUUCCUGCAGUCGCCUGCCAUAUGCUUUGUGCUAUUGUACAAAGGCAAUAGCAUGCCCCUCUGCCCAUAUUAUGCCAUUGGUAUUAACAUACAGUCAUAUCUCGGGUUACGAAUGCUGCAGGUUGAGCAUUUUUGGGUUGCCGACUGCGCCGAACCUGGAAGUACCGGAACAGGUUACUUCUGGGUUUCGGCGCAUGCACAGAAGCGCAAAAUGACAUCACACGCAUGCGCAGAAGGUAUGCUUUUAAACAUCAGGGCACAAUAUAAAUCCAUCAUGACUAACAGCCAUAAACAUAGUUGACACAGCAAUGCAACAGUUGUGUCAGCUAGUGACUGCUAAUGUUUUGAACAGUACUUGUUGUGACACAGGCCUUUGCUCAUACCACAACAGCUAAACAUGUGCUAGAACUGUGUUUGGCCUUGUCUCCUCACUCCACCCUGGUUCUCACAUGGCUGGUGAUGGAAGGAAGUCUUGAACAUGAGCUAAAUGGAAACUUGGAGAGGGCUGCUGGAAACAUAAGUGCAUGAUGCAUUGUGAUAUAUGUGAAAUUGUAUCAUAGAAUCUAUGACUUUGAAACCUUUCCACUAACAAUAAGUAGUGGAACUUAUUCCAUAAUAAAUAAAUAAAUAAAUAAAUAAAGCUUACAAAACCUUUCUCCUUUGCUAGAUGCAUAGGCUGCUCCUUUGGUCCUUGCAAUCCUGCACUUUCCUCCAUGGAGAACCUCAGCCUGGAAAAGCACCACACAGUGCCACUGGCAGUGGCUGCCCCAGGUCAAGGAACAAAGGCAGCUCCUGGCACGGGGGAAGGUUCUGUGCCAGACAUUAUUCUCUGAUGCUUUUCUGUAUCAUCAGAAUGUGGUGUUCUGCCAUGAUGAAUAUUCUGUUAGAGAAUGGGGUUGGGAAAGUGGUUGUAUACCAUUAUUUGGCUAAAUGUUCCAGUUUGUACUUCUAAGUGGUCUGCUCUUUAUUCAAGUGUAAUAAAACAUUUUUAAAGUACCUUUCAACAUUUGCUAUGUAUUACAGCUUUCCUUGUUAAUGAAAAGGGUGAAGGCUCUUUCAGCGGAGCUUUACCAAUGGCAGAAGAGAAAACCAGACGGUAAAGCUUUUAAUCCAAAUAUUUUUCAGAAUUUUAAAGCCAAGGGGUAUGAAACCUUGAAUGUUCAAAGUGUCCUGGUUUCUAUGGAAUGUAUAAUCUUACCACUUCUGUUAUCUGUUGUGUACCAUUCUCCGUAUUUUUAGGCCUUCUCUGUGUUUCUUGAUCAACUUCAUGCUGUCACUCUUUUAUUUUUUCUUACUCUGUUGAAAUCUAUUCUUCCAAAUGGCCUAUCUUGACACUCCUGUAGUACAGCAGCAAAUGACAACAAUCUUUCAGAAAUGAUACACAUGUUGUAGAUGGAAAACAUACAAAUUUAGAGAUUUUUUAGGUUAGUAAAUAUUUGGAGCACCAGUCUUGUAUUUGCAAUAUUUCAGAUAUCACAUGCUUUUAUAUAAUUGGGUAUGGACUAUCACUUACAAUAACUGGUUGAAGAUUAGUCUUAUUGCACACAGUGGACUUUGCAGUGCACUCUGCCUCCUAUUUCUAAUUAUGGUCUAUCCAAAAGAAACCAAGCAUUUGUUGCAGCACCUACAACGCCAAUCAUUAUUGAUGAAAGUUAAUAUCAGGAAUAUGAUUUUAAUCCUGUGUAAAUUGUAAGGAAGAAUAAUUCUGCAUGAAUAAUGCAUCCUGUAGAUCAUUUGGCCAAUUCCUUAAAAAGAGAGCAUGAGAGUCACAGUACUAGGAACCAUGCUUCAUUAUUCAAAACAUGAUUCAAAACUUUGCGGCAACCAACAUUGCAAUAUAAUGGCUAAAUUAGCAGGAUUGAUAUUAUUACAGGUGAAUCUUAACAGCAACUUUAAGAACAUGUGAAAACAUUACCCAGGCUACAAUCCCAUAUACAGUGGUACCUCGGGUUACGAACUUAAUUCAUUCCAGAGGUCCGUUCUUAACCUGAGGCGUGCUUUCACUAAUGGGGCCUCCUGCUGCCGCCUCGCUGCUGGCACACGAUUUCCAUUCUCAUCCUGGGGCAAAGUUCUCAACCCGAGGUACUACUUCCGGGUUAGCGGAGUUUGUAACCCGAAGUGUUUGUAACCCGAAGCGUUUGUAACCCAAGGUACCACUGUACUCUUAGCUUAAUAGGACUUGCAUCUGAAUAGGCAUGUUUAGGAUUGUUUACAUGUAAUUCUAGAAUGGAAAGUCCCAUUAAAGCUUGUGGAGCUUAGUCCCAGGUAAGUGGGUAUAGCAUAACAGUCUAAACAAAUUAGGCUAAGCAAAGAUAAGACGUAGUUAAACAGCAAAUGUGAGAUAAAGUGUAGUUAUUUAACCAGUAAUGACUUAUACUUGUUUCAAAGUCUUGCAGAAUUGUUACUGGGCUGCAAAGUAUUACAACGCAGCUCAAAAUGUGCUUAAUUCUUAUGACUAUCUCUACAUGGUUUAAAUUGUGCUGAUUUUGUGUUAGUGACUUCAGUAUUGCUAGUGAGCACCUUAUAAACCAAGGGUGGGGACUCUGGCCUCCUAGGGGGUCUAAACUGACCCACAAGGAAAUUUUCCCCAAACCACAUCCACCCAUCAACUGGCAUAAUUCAUGAUAUCAACUGAUGGGUGGGAAGUUAGCGUUAAAUCCUGUGUUGGUUAUGUGUACCUGUUCCCAUCGGGGAAGAUGUGCAGGCAGCCAAACAGCAGGAUUCUAUGGAAAACCCUUCCUGAUUCAGGAAAUUGUUUGCAUUGAAACCCAUGCUAAAAUGAAGAAAACUUCAUUUUAGCAGUACUUGCACCUGAUGUCAUUGUGAUGUCAGGUGGGUGGUCCUACUCACCUGUCAAACUGAGCUUGCAAGGCCAUUCCUCACAAGAACCUGGACUGUAGAGCCAAAAACAUUCCCCAUCUGAUAUAAACAAAAGGUCCAAUAUAAGGAAAGUUCUGCUACAAAACUUCACAAAUAUAAUGCUCUGAACAUGGAAGUUACGUCAUCAAAUGGGUUGUUAAAAUAUAGAAUUUAUUAGGCCUCAAUCUACGGCUUGGCUAUUUUAGUGCCCUUAUGCACAGAUAGUUGUGUGAACAAUUUCUGGCAAUGUCUGCAUUUGUUUCAGGCUGUCCAAGUAGACCCCAACUUAGAACAGGGCACCUCAGACCUGUGGCUUUUGACUGUGGUAUUUUAUGUUGUUCCCUACCAGUUACCCAAAAGGAACACCGUAUGUUACACAGCCUGUGGACCCUGUGUCUCUAGAUUUUAAGGAUGCUGGUGUUUGCCAGAAGAUUCAGCACUGGUUCAUGGACUGUGUCCUUGUGCAUUACCUUUAUGUCCUUCUAACAUGGUGCUCACAGUGAUAUACAUGGGCUUCUCAGGUGUUUUCCUGUCUAGUUCUUGAAACUUCUAUAGCUUCAAAAAUUAUUUUACAUCAGGUGCCUUUUAGGAGGUGUUUGGCCUAAAGGCAACAUAGAUAUUCCCCAGCAAUAUUUAGUGGAUUUUAUUGACAUUUCUAGGUUGUGCCAAUGCUAACUUCUUCAUAUAUUAAAAUCUUCUGCUCAAAGCCUUAAAUCUCUUGAGGACAUCUCUGAAGGGCUGUGUCCAUCUGUUUAUCCAUUCAGCCUUGAAUGUAAGCAUUUUUCCAUCAUUGUUUUUUGCUAAGCCUAUUUCUGGCUUUGAAGUUUCCACAAAAAGGUUACAUUUGUAACUUCCAAUAUAAUAUCAUUAUACGCUAAGCCUGUAAAACAUAACUUUUGUAAAUUUUCUGUUCAUUGAUUUUUCUACUUUCAAGAUUUCAUUAAUAUUUUCCAUCAAGCAUCUUUCUUUCAGUACAUUUGAUAAACUAAAGAGAUAGCUCAGUCAGUAGAGUGUGAAACUUAGGGUCCUGAGUUCAAGCCUCAAAUUGGGCAAAAAGAUUCCUGCUUUGUAGUGGGUUGGACUAGAUGACCCUUCCAACUCUAUUUCAUAGUAUUUAUUUCAUAAAAUCGUAAACAGUACAGCUUCCUGAGAGCAAGCCUACCAGGCAGAAGGCAUAGUGGUGGACGAACUUCUGGGAUAGCACUGGUGGGCAAAAGGUGCUGUUGGUGGGGAUUGUAAAUCCUUCUCUCCCCCACCCCUUUGAGGUUUUUAAGUGUAUUUUUUGUUUUUUAAAAAAGGAUUUCCCUUUUCACUGGGAGAAAUGGGAAAGUGUGUCCACCUUCCCUCCAAAUAUUGCUAGAAUGCCAUUUUUGCUCUUUGUUUUGCCCUAUUUGCUGUUGUAGCACUUACCUUUUUGCUGUUGCUGUACGGAUGUCUUCACAACCAGACCUCUCUGCAAGAAUAGAUCUCUCUCUCUCCCUCCCUCUCUCUCUCUCCACCUACAGAGAGGGAGCUGUGCAGAGUUCAGUAACCCCUAGGGCACCCUUCCUGCAACCAUAGGAUUGUAGCCUUCAAUAGGUCAAUGUAGGCUGCUGGUUGGUCUUAAAGUGGUUUGGAUUCACUAAUAAGUUUUUUAUGAGAUGCUGCUUGCUGUUUAUAGAAUUCAUUCUGUGUGGACUUCUGCUCACUCUGUAAUAUGUUAUGUGUAGUAAUCAUAGCAUUGUGUCUAAUGCUGAUUGUUUCACUCAAAGAAAUGAGAUUUGCGAAUAUGUGUUGUUUUUAAAAGUAUGGCAACUUGUUGUGUUUUUCAGUACUUCCCGUGAAUCCAGACGUUCUGACAGCAUUAGGAAGACACCAGGUAUGUCUAUUAAAUUAUGGUGAGCUGGUUGUAACAUCUUGCAAGUAUGAGUCAGACAAUUAGAUAUACAGGUAACUCACAUCUUAACGUUUAUUUUACUUACGUGAUUGCAGCUUUGUGCGGGUGGGGGGGUUAGAUAAAUAAAUAAAUGAAGAGCAGGGGAAACCCACUCUCCAUAUAUUUAUUUCCCCCUCCCCCACCUGUGCAAAGCUGUGGUUGAAGGCUUACCUGGCAGUGCAAGGGCUCUGUCAGCAUCCCACUUACAGGGCUUUGGGAAGGUGGCAGGACCUUUGCACCACCUCCCUAGAGCCGGGUACACAGCCCUCCACCUUGCGGAGGGGGGGAGGCGGUUCUGGGGUUCCUGGCUUUAUGUGUUUUUGUGGAUACCUCUGGAACCAAACCCUCGUGUAAGAUGCAAGUUACCUGUACACUCAACUAGCUUUCCCUAAGAUUUAUAUACUUUUAUGUACUGAAGUUCUCACCCUGGGCCAGCAGGGGGAUACUGUAGAUAGUUUUCACUCAGGUCCACAUAUGCAAAUAAGGGAUCGAAAGUGACGUUCAGUGAUUGGAUAGUUACAGAAAGUGGUUACUGUUGCGUUGUAGUGGAGCUCUAUAUAAGCAGGCUGGCUGAACCCUUCAGUUCUGUUCUGUUCUGGCCUGUGAAUAAACAAGAGCUGUUUGAAGAAUCGCUGUGUCGUCUGAUAUGUUCACCCACAACUUGACAUAUACCACCCUUCAUCUGCAGAUCUCAGGGCGGUUCACAACAUAAAAAUACAGGAUAAAAAAUUCUGAAUAAACAUUAGGAAUAAUUUUUUGACAAUAAGGGCUGUUUGACAGUGGAAUGGACUUCCUCUGAAGGUAGUGGAUUCUUCUUCAUUGAAGGUUUUUAAACAGAGGUUUGAUGGCCAUCUGCCAGGGAUUUUUUAGCUGUGAUUCCUGCAUUGGAUGGGGUUGGACUAGACGACCCUUGGGGUCACUUCCAACUCUACAAUUUUACGAUUCUAUAUGUCCCAAAUUCACCUAAUGUUAGGUCUGUACAGCUUGUGACUCAUCAUCCUGACCAUUAGCUGUGACAACUGUCCUGUCAUUUAGGUAAGCAGCAUAAAUUGGAAGUUCUACCAAGGCACUAGUAGCUACAACAUGCCGAUUGUGAAUUACAUUUCACUCAGUUAUGUUUAGGCCUGCCUAAAACAUCUUAACUAAGUUAUACGUUUGACAUCAGUCCAUAAUACUCCUCUAAGUUUUAUAGCAAUAGCAUCUGCAAAUAUUACUCUUUAAUUCUUCCAGAUCUGGGGCUAACAAGGAAACCUAGAAUGUGUUAGUGAUAGGAUUUCAAUAUAAGGGUUGAAGAAUUGCUAUGCAACAUUAGCUGGGAAGAUUAUUGUGGCUCCUCUGCUAAAAUAAGCAAUUAUACUGUACCUAAUAAAUGAAUUCACAUUCAAAUUAUAAAGUUUUUGGUUUAAAAACAACUUCUUUGCCUUCCUUUCUCUGGAUUUGGUUACUUCUCAGCAAUUUUAUUCCACCUCUCAUUAGAAAGGUCAUGGAAGCAGACAUGCUAAUACAUAUUUUGUUUCAACAAAAUGACUGGCUAACAUCUUUGCAUUGAGAAAAUGUUGCACCUCUUAUAUCAUGUUUGAUUUGACAUUCUGCUUUCUGGACAAUUGGCUAAAAAAAUCUCAAGUUCUCAUUCUCGUGUAUGUGUGUAGAAUUGACUCCACGAUAAGAGAAGCAUUAACAUUUUUAUUAUCAAGAUACAUCUGAAAUCUGUAAAAUUGUACAAAAGGCAUAUAGAUCAUAAUGUUUUUAAUUGAUUUUUAUGAAAACAACUGACACUGCUCUGCUUAACCCUACGUAACCCUACAUCCACUGAGGGACACAUAGUGUUAGGUGCUAAUCAGUCUGCAUGGCCCUAUGGAUCAAGAUUGCUUGGUAUGUCGUUUCGUAAAUUAUAAAUCACACUACAUGAUCCAGCACAUUCAUUUUUACUGAGAAUUUAACAAGGAUGUUGCAUCUGAAAAAGAGAAUUUAAAUAGUCCUGGAAAAUUUGUUAAAAAUAGAUUAGAGCCUUCAUUUUGUACAGUUGUAUACAUUUUAUUUUCUCAAGUCCCAACGCUUGGAAAUUGAAAUGUGCAAUCUAAACUAUAAGCACUCUUGUGCAUCACAGAGAAGAUUGGUCUAGGAUAGUGAUUUCCAAAGUUUCUACUUUUCCUAUCAAUUUUGUCUCCUAAUGUGUCAUGAAACUACUGCAUCUACAGAGCAUUUUAAGACAUAUGAGGCAUUGGUCAAUUUAGUGAGCUACAACAUUGGCUCAUAUUGACUGGUAUUAGGGCAUCUUUUACGUUUGAGAAGAUAACUCAAUAAUGAUGAAUAAGCUACUGUUGUGUUUGUGACUUAUCAGGUCACUGAUAUGUAUUAGGUUCUGUGUCUUACAUGUUAAACGAUGAACAGUUAUGACAUACACCAACCUUCCUCAACCUAGUAUGGCCAUGCUGGAUGGGGUUGAUUGGAAUCAUGGUCUUAAACGUCUGGAGAGAGCAGGUUAGAAAAGGUUGAUGUAUGCAUAUACAGAUUUUCCCUACAAAGCCUUCAAGAGAAGUAGUAGUUAGUAUCCUACUAACUCAUCCUAUCUUGGCAAAGAUUGCCACUAGCACAACAGGCCUUCUUCCCCCAUCCUGUGCCCUCCCCAGAUAUGUUCUGGAGGGUUGGGGGAGCCCACAGAACAGAUUUAGGGGGAAUGCAGGGAUAGGGUAAGCAGGAAAUCCUCUUGUGCUAGCAGUAAUCCUUGCACUGAAUACAACCCAUGGUGCUAAUGAUGCAGAACGACAACUAGUGCAUGGAGAAGAAAUCCCUUCUACCCAGUCCUCCUGGAGUUCUAAAAGAUUAUUCUGUGAGCACUCCGCUUUUCAGAGAAGCUUGUCUGCCAUUUCUGAUCUUUUCACCAAGGAACUGCUCAGAAGAUUCCAAGAAACCACAAAGUUCCUUGGAAUAAGAGUUUGAAAAUCACUUACAAAGCUAUGUAUUUAUUUUACCUGUUUGCUGAUUCGUUUUCCUAUUCAUGUGAAAAAGAUGGAUGAGUACCUACUUUUCUGUGUUCGUAUUUAAGCAUACAGAUAGUAUAGUACUGAAAUAUAAGGCAUACAAAUGCACAGAGCACCACAGUGCAUAUAUUUUUAAAGUACAGUAACGAAGAACUACAUUUCUAUAAAGAGCACACUUAUCUUUUCAGUUGCAGGAAGUAGACCAGGAUCUUGAAAUGGUGCUAUCAACAAUUCAAGCAAAGAACGAAAAAUUGAAGCAAGACUUAGUAAGGUAUGUGCUGGAUUCAGUAUUAUCCUGGAACCGAUUUGGCAGUUCUACAAAACUAAUGUGUAUUUGUCUACUGUUUUCUCCCACAUCUGUUUAAAGGGAACAGCAAUGGUUGGAGGAACAGCAGCAGCUAAUGGACUGCCUCAAUCAAACAGAGGAAGAAAAUCACAAUCAAGUUGUAGAGUUUUCUGAAGAAAGGUAUUCAUAAUGUUUUGCAGUUUUAGGAAGGGGAAGCUAUAGAAAUUAGAAUCAUUCUACUAAGCAAAUUGCAUAAUUAAAUUCUUUGGUGUGGAUAAUAAUUUUUGUUUGCAAGUUUAUCACUUUUUAAAAAAAGACUAUUGCAAUUAACCUUUUUUUUUUUUUAACACCUUAGAGCCUUUCAAGAAAUCAAAACCAGAAUGCUGAAAAUAAAACCGUAUAAGGAUAAGAUCUUGACUGCUCUGGGCGAGUUCCUUGAAGAACAUUUUCCUCUCCCUGAUGAUGUAACUACAAGAAAGAAAAGAGUAUGGUCAUUUUCACAUUAAUAUUAAGCUAAGAAGUUUCUGAUGUGGGUGGCGUUGUGGUCUAAACUACUGGGCCUCUUGGGCUUGCCAAUCAGAAGGUCGGCGGUUCAAAUCCCUGCAAUGGAGUGGGCGCCCGUUGCUCUGUCCCAGUUCCUGCCAACCUAGCAGUUCGUAAGCACGUCAAAGUGCAAGUAGAUAAAUAGGUACUGCUGUGGCAGGAAGGUAAACAGUGUUUCCAUGCACUCUGGUUUCUGUCACAGUGUUCUGCUGCUCCAGAAGUGGUUUAGUCAUGCUGGCCACAUGAGCUGGAAAGCUGUCUGUGGGCAAAUGCCUCAGCCUGAAAGCGAGAUGAGCGCCGCAACCCCAUAGUCGCCUUUGACUGGACUUAACUGUCCAGGGGUCCUUUACUUUUACCUUUUUAUACUGUCAUAAUUAAAAGCAAUAAUGGAAGUUCAAAUGCUGUGCUUUUAAUUCAGCUUUAAUGCCCCAGCAGUCCCAUUCUGAUAUAUAAUUGAAAUCAUUGCUGUCUGAAGCCCUGCUGUCGCUAGAUGCACUCACACAAUUUUUGAGCUCACCUUCAAUCUCUGAGCCUGAUUCUCCUAGCCUAAAUUUUCCCAAAUUGCCCACCUUCUACUCUUUCAGUAUCCCUGGUUUUAGCCAUUUCUCCAUUUUUAACUUCCUUCUUUUCAGUUCCCUAUGCUUCUCCCCUUUGUGGUGUCAGUUUCCCUCUCCCCUGUAAGUCUUGCAGGCCAUAGAAACUAGUGCGUCUCUACAUCCUUCUUAAAACUCUUGCUAGAAUCUGUGUCACCCAGCAGCUUAUAGGUUGUGGUAUCUUCAGUCCCAUUCCGAGAUAUAAUUGACAGCAGAGUGCUUGCUAUACCCCCCUGGUGGCCAUAGCUGGCAAAGCUUUUGAAGUCAGCCUCUCUAUUUUCACUUUAAAGAUUGUACAACUGGGCCUGUGCAAAUUUGGUUUCUAUAGUGUUUUAAGAAAGAUGGAUAUUUAUAGUUAUAUAAAAUAAAUACUGAGCAUUCAUCUCAUACCCACUUAGAUAUUUUCCUGAAAGAAAUGGUAUCCUUUUGUAGUAAGCUGAAACUUGUGUGUGAGGAAAGAUGCAUAUUUAUAUUUGCUUUGGAAAAUGAUUUUAAGCUACCUGGUUAACUCAACAGUUGAAUGCAAAUAUAAUUUAAAAGCAGCAAAAAUUAGGCUAAUAAAGGGGAGAAACGGGAACCUGACAACACGGAGAAUCUUUGUCUUCCUCCCAUACAUUUACAAAUGAUCAUCAAUACCCAUUUGUAAAUGACAGAUGAAAUUGCCAGGAUUGGAGGAUGCCAAGUACUUGUAAACUGCCCAGAGAAUUUCUGUUGUUGGGCGGUGCGUACUGAAUGUAAAUAAUCAAGUACUUCAAAACGAAAGGGCUAAAAAAUAAGUGGUGCAUACAACAAUCACAAUUUUGUGGAUGUGAUCCUUGUGUUUUGUAAUGCUGUUGUGUCACAUUUGCAUAUCAUGCAGAACCAUGGUUUAGCAUUAUAUGUGCAAGCAGGAACUGGCCUAUGUGAGACUCAAGGUUCUACCCACAUAGCGUGGAGGAGGACUUUGACAGUUUCUGCUUUUGUUUUCACUGAAUCUCUGUUGUUGUAUUCAAACCAAGAAUCAUGGCUUAUUACAGUCUCUGGUUAAUUUAACACGUCAGCUAGAGUAAUCAUGGUUUCAAUAUGGCUCGUUGUAAAACUGAGCCAGUUUGUUACGAACCACAGUUCCCGGUUUGCAGACACCAAGAAACCACGAUUAAUUGAAACCGAAGGUAAACACUGCUGAAGUCCUUCUGAUCACACAGGAAAGGGAAGUAAAAAGCCCAUGGCUUGGUCAGAUUUGUUUCAGCUCAUGCACAUCACACUAAACCAUUCUUUACUGCAGGAUAGAAAACUUUCUCUUGUGUGUAUCCUUCUGAGGGUUGCAUACCAGUGAGUGUGACCAGAGGUAAAAUGGGCAGGGCCAGAGCCAAGAGUGGAUGGAGCAACAGGUGUGACUCUCAUAUGUAUAUAGUCGGCUAUAUUCCAGUUAUGCAAAGGUCUGAGUUUCCAGCACACCCUUCAUCCAAGCAAAUAAGUUCAAAGAUGCAUUCCAGCCAGGAAGAAACACUGCGGAAGGUGUGGAGAGGGACUGUCACCUGGGAAGGAGGUUGUAACCUGGGGAGAGGUUUGGAGCCUGAGGUUCCCAUCCCUGGUUUAGUGUGAUGUACUGUGCUAUUGUAAAUUGUUGCAAGUCCGUGCAUGUAAACAGACUUUUGUAUUUUUGUGACCUGGUGAAUGAGGAACUGUGAAUGUAGAUCAGAUGUCCAUUUACAUGCGCCAUUUGAGUGAGGAUGCAUCCUUAUUUCAUCACUUAUCACAUUCAAAUGCGCAAUCUCACUGACAUUCUUGCUCAACUACUUUUGCACAAAUUCAUUUUUUCAAGUCCAAAAGAAGAGAAAUGCAUUCAAAACAACUUAUCUUUAAAACUUCCCUUCCUUUGUUAAAAUGCAUGCCUUAAAUAUGACAUAGAUCUUUUGUUUUGUUUCCUGUAGCAUUCAUCUAAAGAGCCAGAUGUACAACUAAUAUCAUUACAUGAAAUUUUAGAGGUAAGAACACUUGUUGUGUUUGCUGCAGGUAAAGACUGGGAUGGAUAAAUAGCUAAAUAAUUACUCCAGGGAUUGGUGAAUAGUUUGGUCAUGCUGUUUUGGGGCCCAGAUGCGACCCAUAGGGCCUCCUCAUCUUGCCUGAAACUUCCCCUCCCCCCUACUUAACUCCCACCCGUGCUACAGUUGGGGCUGAUAGGAGUCCAACAACAUCUGGAGGGCCACAGGCUAGCCAAUCAUGCCCUGUUGUCUUCUGGGUCCAAUUCCCAAUGGCUAUUAUGACCUUUGGAAAACUAAAUGGAUUGAGCUCAACGUACAUGGAAAACUGCCUUCCAUCUUAUUCCAUCUUAUUCUUCCAUCUUGCUCUCUACUUGAGCACAGACACCUAAAUGCAAAACCAGCCUUAGACAAAGGUAUUUUCCUGGCCCCUAGUGAAGAGCAGCUUUUUGUGUGGAAUCCCCUUGGGCUAGAUGAUAACAAUGGGCCCAGCACAGGCAUGUCUAGUUAUGCACAGUAGCAACAGAAAGGAAGCUGUCUGCAACCCUUGAGUGCAUUUGCAUUAACUCAGGAAGGAAAGGAUGCACUAAACUGGGAUUCUGUGCAUCGCAGAGGGUCAGACUAGAUGGCGCUUGGGAUCCCUUCCAAUUCUACAGUUCUGUUCUCUGAAAGUGAAGGCUUUGUUCAAACUCAUCUCUGCUUGUGCAGGUAGCACGAAACCAUAGUUUAGCAUUGCAUGCACAUGCAGCCACUAUGUCUGGCCGAUCAAAGCUAACAUUGUUUUCUAAAUGUCAUUCUCAUUUUCAGAGCCUUAUCCACAAAUUUAGUAACACACCACAUGAUCCAUAUGUAUCAAUCACCACUUCAUUCUGGGCUCCUUAUAUUGAACUUCUGCUGCGAAAUGGCAUUGCAUUAAGACAUCCAGAAGAUCCAAACAGAAUACGUCUAGAAAAUUUCACUAAUAGCAAUAUAUAGUAAGAUGGAAGUCCUCGCCUGAUCAGUAAAAUAAAGUUAAUUAGAAGGGGUGUAGCUGCUUGCUUCAGCUUGAGAAGAUAGCGCUUCUGCUGCUACAGAUCUUUCAUCCAGGUUCUCAUAAUAUUUCUGUAAUGUUGGAACUACAGCGCUCUAUUGCAGUGUGAGAUUUUAAUUAAUUCUUUGUUACUUUUACUACUAUUAGCAAAUAAUAUUUUAUCCUGAAAACUAUCCAGACCAUUAAAAUAAGAGACAAACCUAAGAUUAUAGGUGUAUUUUAGACUGAUGGUUCAUUUGCCUGUAGCUUUCCAACUAACUUCUUUUCCAUCAACUCUCGGACUCCAGCAUCACCUUAAGGGAAUGCUGAAAUAGAAAAAACGGUAUUUAUUCCUGGGAUGGUAUGCUGAGAAAAAGAAAACAGAAUUUUGUAUUUCCAAGUCACCAGGGCAAUUCUGUGAAAGAAAGGGAAGGGAAACCUUUUGGAGAUCUGCACUCAGAAUUUGUAAGAUAAUCUGUUUCAGAGUUACUUUUACCACCUUGCUGUCUGCCCCCCCUUCCCCACACCCAAGUCCAAGACCUUUGCAAGAGUGAACCUUUAGUAUUGUUUCCAUGGAAGUGGUCUAUGAUGAAAUUGUUGUGCCAGAUUUGCCUUUUAAAUAAAUUAAGUCGGAAAUAUUCAAAGAUUGCAAUUAAUUUCAGGUCUCUUCCAGCUCCAGCUACUUUAGUAAUAGUAGUAGAUAUUUAUUUAUACCCCACUUUUUUCCUUGACAUAAACUCAAGUCACCUUACAGAUAAAAAUAAGAACAGCUGAAAACAUAGAAAAGAAGCAAUUAUUUUUUAAAAAUUAAACAUUUUUAAAAUUAAACACACACACUUUAAAAAUAAUAAUAUUAAAAACAUAAUUGCAAUAAGCAGCACAGCACCAGCCCUUUCUUAGAGCCAGUUGAAGUUUCUGAGCACUUUUCAAAGGAGGCCUCACAUAGAAAGCAUUGUUACAGUAAUCCAAAGGGAAUGUAACUAUGGAGUGCGUCACUGGCCAAAUCACUUUCAGGGUCUCCAGAGGCUGACAUCUUCCAUUCCCUUUUCAUUUGAUAUAAGUGCCCACAACUAUGUGUGUUUCCAAGAUAUAUGGUUCAGAAUUGUCUCACAAUUUGAGUUCUGGACAUAAAAUACGGGAAGUCGUAUUCAACACACUUUCAAAAAUUUGUCUGAAUUGAAACUGUUUAUAGCUUUCCUUUCUACUUGGAAGUACCAGCAUUCCUUGGCUAAAAGGAUUUUUUCAGUGGAACUAAUGUCAGCACCUGCUUUCCCCCACUCCAGCCUGUCCGAAGCUGUCCAAUAUGGUAACCAGGUACUCUUGUAAAGUGCUGGUCUCUUUUAUACUGGUACUGCUUGGUACCUCCUACACUGGUACAAAAAAACAACUUGAGCAGGACAGCUGAACUGUGCAAGACCUUCGGUAAAGAAUCAGCCUUGGUGCAUUUGCUCCAGAGACCUAGCAAAUAACCACACUAUUGUUUCAGUUGAAUUAUUUAUUUAUGAAAAGAGUAAAUGUUCAAAGGUAAUAAAUGCCAACAUGAAUUUACUUAGAAACAACAAAAACAACUUUGCAGCUUGAAAUGCCAUUACAGGAACAUACAGAAUAGAGAGGGUUAAUAGUACAUUACCCACACGUUGCUGGCACAAAUACUUAAUACAGCAGAGAUAGAGGGGAGAGGACAAAUGUAGAGAGUUGCCUAGGAUGGAAUUAUGAGGUGGUACAUUCUUAAAGACCCAACUUCUGCAGUGGAGAAAGUGAAAGAAGUAGAAAAGUGGUUGAAGGAAGUUAUACGUAAAGUAGUAGUUUUUCCUGCCUUCUGGGUGUCAGAGGUGAGUGGGAUUUGGAAAAUAUAAGAGAUAGCAAGAAGGCAGAAGUGGGUGGGAUGUUUUUUAAUGUAUUUCCCCCCUCCCUUUGUUUUAUUGUAUCUGUGUUGGUAUUUUUUGGUUGGUUAUAAUUCGCUUUGGGUUGACUUGGGCAAGAUAAAGCAACUAACAAAUUUAAUAAUUAAUUAAUUAAUUAAUUAAUAAAAAUGUUGAGUCACUAUAGUUGCCUGCUGUGCAUUGGAAGCAAAUUGGAGGAGAAAAAGAACUGAGUUUCUUGACUUACAUGAAAAGAUAUAACAUCUCAAAUGGUGUAGGAGUCUGCAGUGGGGAUGGUUCUGACGUCUUUGCGGAUUUGGCAGAACUCAGUGGCCCCAUGCACCAAUGGAGAUGGCCUGUGUUUACCUGUGGGACCAAAAUCAUCAACCAAAAACCUGGAGAGCCAGACAAAUGCCUGCUUUCGGAAACUAGUUUGUUAUUUUAACAUGGGUUCCUUUGAACUCAUUUAAUCUGGUAAGACAACAGAUUCCGCCCCACCCCCUGCCCCCAAACUUGCAGGUAUUUUCCCUAAGGAAAGUAACAAACAGGUGCAAGGGAAUGUGGGGGCAAGAAAAGGAUCUAGCUAAAACUUACGUGGAGGAAAGAAAGUCAGCUCCUGCAGUCUGUCACAGGGACAGAGCAUCUGAAAUAGUGUCAAGCAGAUGUCUUUAGGAAGCAUCGCCAAAAACUGAACAAGUUGGGGGUGCUGUGUGUACCCAGUAAUAGGAAAAAUACAGGCAACCUUACCCUGAAUCUGAAAUGACCUUUUCACAGAGGUCCAGAAUUGUACAUUAUGAAACUACCCAUAAUUAUAAUCAGCCGUAGUUACAAUAAGUUCUUUGUUCUGUAAAAGUUUAAAAUUCUGUAUUUUACAAAAUUUAUUAUGUCGAAUGAAAUUGAAUCCUGCCUUCUCUUUUUGGCAACCAACACUGUUUGCAGGUGCUUCCAAAUGAGCUUUAGGGUUACAGUAAGCCAAGAAAAAUGUAAUUUUGGUGGUAUUUCUAUUGUAAUUUAGAACUCAUUUAAAUGAGUUGCUGGAAGCUGUUCCUUGCAGACAUACUUUGAAUGCAAAUUAAUCUAGAUAACUAUUUCAGGGUCCUUGAUAAAUACGAGUGGCAACUUGAGACCUUUACUAUUUAUAAUAAAUCAUUUCCUCUUCAAUCAGUUUCUCAGGUUUCCCCAGUGUUAUAAUAUGCUUUUAUUUUGCUAAGGGAGCCUAGGGGGAUUCUGGCUGGUUGGCAAGGAGUUAAGCCGUUAGCCAUUUGGUGAAAUGAUCGUCCAGCAGCAGCAUUGCCAAAAUUCUAAAUAAGCCACAAAAAAUUCAAGUUUGGAAAAACAACCCCAUUAUAUAUAUAAAAAAGAAUUGAUACUUCCUGGGGCACAUUUUUUUACCUAUGUCUUCUACUUUAUUCACUGCCAGCUGAUUUUUUGUGGCUUUUGCAAAAAUUUGUGCCUCUAAAUUACUAUAUCAUCAGUUGUACCCAAACUGAAGGUAUUAUUAACAUAUAUACACAUGUAUCCAUUACACAUGUAAUGUGAUGCUCGGGCCUGUGGAAGCAAAACCUGUCAGUUGAGUUUCUCCAUUAAAAAAAGCAAAAGAGCAGUUCCUAGCUCUUUGACAGCAGUGUGCCAAUUACCUAGCCCCCAACACAAAAGUGGAGCAUGACUUUGUUUGGGUAGCUUCUGUUUCAAACAUUCGAAGCUGCCUGAUAGUUAGAUUGUGGUAGUGGCCCAAAAGGCCAUAAUGAAUGUGAUAAUGUGAACCCCUAUAAAUCCUUGAAUAUGCCUCUAAUAGAGAAGUUGUGGUAACCUGCUGCUUUAAGAAACAUGAUUUUUCAAGAUGCCGUCCCCCACUGGGACAGAAGGACAGCUAAUAGGUAAAUCACAAAGAUACAGUUUAUAAGCUAGAACAUAAGUUGAUACAUGGUGCAAAUGGCUACACGUAACACAGGUUCCCAACAUACAUACUCACACAAUGUAACAGAUCACUGUGAGAAUCAAAGUUUAGUUAGCAACACUUACUGCGCAUGUGUAUUAAACAUGAGGUAAUGAGGUAUAUGAUUGGUGGAAAUUGAAAUGCUUUGUUUGAAACUUAUAAAUACUCCUGCCCAGGACCUUUGGGCGGGGUUGCAGUUUUGUGAAAAGAUUUGACUGUAACCUAUUGCUUUGCAAUAAACAACAAUGGAC